CUAGUGCUGUGAAAAAGCCUAUAUCAGCCAACUGCUUCCUGGCUUACCAAUCCAUCUGAUUUAUCACCUUUUUCCUAGUUUGCCUGGGUUCAAACCCCCAAGCCAAUGUCAAUUCUAACAAAAAGUCAAAAACUACUGAUCCAUCAUGACCCUACACUUAACAUUCUCUUCUUCUCUCUCUCCAUUAACUACAUCUUCUGUCAUCUGAUCGAAAGCAUCCAAAGUUUAAUCUGUUUAUGCAUUUCUUUUGCUCCUUUUGAUGCCUCAUGCACCUUACCUUUUCACUUUUCCUCUGUCUUCUAGAUCUCCUCUUGGUAAAAAUAUAAAGCAGAAGUGCUUUUGCGUUCAAGUUGAUAGAGAAGAAUAUGGAGGUUCGAUCCAGGAGAGCCAGAGAAAGAGAUACCAGUCCCGACAGAGCCAAGGUGUCCAUGCAGACGCAGAUGCAGCCAAGGCUCAAAACCAUCAAAAAGGUUCAAGUUGUUUACUACCUCUCCAGAAACGGCCAGCUUGAACACCCGCAUUACAUGGAAGUUACCCAUUUCGCCAAUCAACAUCUCCGUUUGAGAGAUGUUGUGGAACGGCUUACGGUUCUUAGAGGCAAAGGCAUGCCUUCUCUAUACUCGUGGUCUUGCAAAAGGAGCUAUAAGAAUGGCUACGUGUGGAAUGACUUGGCGGAGAAUGAUAUCAUCCAUCCAUCAGAUGGAGCUGAGUACGUACUCAAAGGGUCUGAACUUGUUGAAGGAUGUUCUGAAAGGUUCCAACAGCUGCAGGUAACCAAUAAUAGACAACUGAUUCAAGAACCCAUUCUCCAGGCGAAAGGAAAACAACUUCAGGCUCCGAGCCAACCCAAACAGCUAGAAGAAACGCACAACGCCAAGUACGAAUUCGAAGAUUACGAAGAAGAGGAAGAAGAACAAGAACAAGAAUCACAAGAAGAGUAUGAAGAUGAAGAGAAAACAAGCUACACGACCUCCACAACGCCCCACUCUCGUUGUUCCAGAGGUGUAUCAACAGACGAGCUUGAAGAACAACCUCCAAAAAACCCCACCACUGAGUCAACUCACCACGGCUCGUCCCCUCCGUCAACAGCAUUAGUACUCUCAGCUGAUAAAACCCACGUGAACUCGUCCAACAGCACUUCCAAACGAUUUGAAGAUGGUGAUCCAAUUGCCCCCGAGUCAGCAGCUCCUCGGAACUCGGUCCUACUCCAAUUAAUCUCGUGUGGAAAUUUAGCUGUGGCUAAAGCAAAGGGUAAUGCACCGAGUUUCAAGCAAUCAGCAAAGGCGAACAUCACCAAUGAGGUUAAAAGAAGCGAAAGUAAUCUCCACAAAGGAGUAUUGUAUAAAAGUGCAGUAAAGGUCGCUGAGGAGGAUAUGAUAAUCAAAUACAUGUCUGAGAAUCCUAGAUUUGGAAAUUUACAGGCGGAAGAGAAGGAAUAUUUUAGCGGUAGCAUUGUUGAAUCGAUGAGUGAGAACCGAGUUACGGCGGAGCCAGGUUUGAAGCGAUCAAACUCAUAUAAUGAAGAAAGGAGAACGAAGAACAGACUGGAAGAAGAAGAAGUGCAGGAAGAGUGUAAAGAGAAAGCAGGAAGAGGCAAAUGUAUCCCUCGCAUGAAGGCUUCAUCGUCCUUAAAACAAACCAAAAAAUGAAGGAUAUGUAAUAAUGUCGGGUUCAGUGGAGUGGUUGUUGCAGUAAUUAUUAGCAGUUGUUAGGUACAUUGUUUCUUUUUUACUUGCUACUUGCUGUCAUCAUUAAUUACCAAGGGUAACUCUUGUCCGGUGGAAAGUUGAUGAGAUGUUGAAAAAUCUUGGAGUUGGGUAAUGAACGAGUACGUUGAGAUUGUAACCAUGGUGAGAUUUCUUCAUCAUUUGAUUUGGUUGCUGGUCUCCGGUCUCCUGUUGUGUUGCCACCUUAACUGUUUCUCUGUUAAGUGAAGUGCUGUAAUAUGAGAUUGUAAUUGAUUUCCUCCUCCUAUAGUUCUUUUUAAGAAUCGGAAUCCGUCUGUAUAGUUCCUAGCUAAAACUUUUUGUUUUAACUUUAUAAAAACUAGAAAAUAAUUAACAAAAUAAAAAUUAAUAUCACAUUCUCACCUCUAUUUUCUUCUGCCUCGAAUAACUUUAAGCUCCCUUUUGCUCCUUUCUCACUUGACUUGCUAUUUUGGCCGUGCUUAAUAAUUAGUGAGGCAAGCCACUAUUUUCUCUUUCUUCUCUAUCAUAUCAUUUUUUACCCUACUUUUUCCCAUUCUCAAACGUAGCAUUAAUUUUGAAAUGCCUAUAUUGAUAGGUCAACAAAGGCAUGUGUAGAUAUUCUCAUGUACAGAGAUGGCCUCUCUAAAUUUCUAAAGAGAAAAUCCUCCUUGUUUGCUUUCUUUUAUCUUUUGAGACUAGGUCCUUUUUUUGCAUGAGUGUGGCUGUUUUUACCCCUCUAGACAGGAAGAGCUUCUCUUAUUCAAUAUGGACUGUGGGUUACCCUUCCCUCCCCAUUAAGGUGGAUGUAAUUAUAUAUAUGUAUGUAUAUAUAUGCAUGUAUUUUAUUUUUAUAUUUAUAUUUUUAGUUGUAAACUUGAGCUUAGAUGGAGAGGAUUCUUUAGAUCUAUCUUCUUUUAGUUGGUUUUCUUUCUUCGUUGUUAAUUAGUGCUUCAGUAAGACUUGAUCGGUACCUUAACUACAGAAGUAAUUCUUGCAUGGUUGGAUAGAAGAUAUCCUAAGAUCCUUGAGCCAUGAAUUCCACUUGUUUGGAUCAUUGACCUUUGUGGCUCUAUUCUCUGAAGCUAAGACUCUGCUUAGGUUCCUCUCUCGUAGCCACAAUAGUUGAAGUUUCUUUAGAGUAUGACUCGAAUUGAACCAAUGGCUUCUUGGAACAACACUCCUGGCCUCCUUAGUCUUCAAUAUGUUUUUUCUUAAAGUUUGGCUCUAUUUAUAGGGAGGUCUCUCUCUUAUCAAGUAUCAAUUAUUUGGUUAUUUCCCUUUUUAUUUAAGGUGUAGAGUUCAAUAGUGUGAUUUUUUUUGUGUGUAUGAGAUCUUUUGGUUUUAAGUAGUGUUAAUUUUUGUGAUGAUCAUUAAAGAUUUAAUAGAGGAAGAGUUGUUUCUAUUAUUCUAUUUUGAUUUCUUAUUGUAUGAUAAGUUGAGAUUCAAAAAAUAGGGUUUACAGUUGUUGUGUGAGCUUGGUUGGAAAAAAAGACGUUCCCUUUUACUUUUAUCUACUAGUGAGGUCUAAUCGCUUCUCUGCUGCUGCAGUGUCACUCGUCUCUGCCACUCAAAUUCGUAUGUACGUAUGGAUGUGUCAGAACUCCUUUCCACGUCAGGCGGCCAUUUAAUUCCCUCCGACGCACAUGCGUGCAGAGCUACGAAGUGAUUGGGUCUACUCCACUAUCUCUUGUCACGUCACCGAGCUAAACUUUUUUUAUUCGAAUCCAUUCACAUAGCCUAUUCGGCUUGAUUCUCGUGUUGGGCUGAAA